GCGUCAGCUCAGACUCCCCUCAGCGUCUCUCCUCCUCUGGUCUUCUCCUGAAGAGGAAAAGCAUCUCAUACAAGAUGCAGCUUCUCCUGCUCGCUUUCGCGGUCGGUCUCGUUUCUGCGCAUGACCAUAUCGACCCUUCGGAGGUCAGUGGUGACUGGCACACCAUUUCCCUAGCAGCUGACAAUUUCGAAAAGAUUGAUGGGAAUGGCCCGCUGCAGAUCUAUCUCCGACAUCUAGAAUGCAAGGAGGAAUGCAAGAAGCUCGCUCUCAGGUUUUAUGCCAAAGCGAACGGACAAUGCCAAGAGUUCAACAGGGUGGGAGUACUAGAUGAAGAGAAAGGCGUUUACGUCGCGGAAUAUGCUGGCAAAAACUUUUUCGAAAUUAUUGCUCAGAAAGAUGAUGUCCUGGCAUUUUUUAACCACAACAUAGAUGAAGAAGGCAAGGAGACAAAUGUGAUUACAGUUGUUGGAAAAAGAGACAGUCUGACAGAGGAGGAAAAGCAGAAGCUUGUCAAGGUCGCUGAGGAAAAGGGAAUUCCAAAGGAAAACAUAAGACACGUUGCUGAAACAGACACCUGUCCGGAGUAAAGGUGUUGCUCUCAUGCUGUGGAGGCAAGGACAUUUUCCACACCACCUUCUCGAUGACAUCCGAAUCAUGAAUUUCAUGGUCUCAUCUCCUGAUCUUCCAACUUAGACUUUCUUUCCAGUGAAAUCAUGAACUUGUGUCCUGACUUUCCUUCUCAUCCCUGUCUGCUGUUUCUUGAUCUUUCUGCAUCUUCUUUGAUUAAAUAAAUUGAUGUCCUAUGCAAACAUAAA